UAAAAUUUUACGCUUAUAUAUCUCUUACAGUGUUGCAUUUAGAGGCAAAGGAAAUGCUAUGCCAUUUCUGCAUGCAAUUAACUUUACAUACACCAUCCUUGUCUGGUCAAAAUAGAACAACAAUGCAGAACACGAGAUGUUGCUCAAACCUUGCAUUUUUGUGUUCUUGUAUUUAUUUAACCGCACGUGCGCACUCAAGAAGCCUUUCCUAGAACAUCGGCGAUGCCUACAAAUGCGAAAUGGAUCCUUGCCUGGCUGGGUGGAGAUUGGAGACGGCAUCACCUCGACGGAGGCAACCUUUGACCUCGGGAAUUGGGAAGGGCAGGGCGUCGCUCCUGUUGUGUUUACAUCUUGGUGCUGGGGUGUAAAUGCUUUCAUAACAUGCGUUUACGUUACAAUAAGUACGCUGUUCUUCUUAUGUCUAAUGUCUAUUUUGUUAUUGGACUGGCCGCCAAGGCUAUGGGUCCAAACGGUAUCGUGUGUAUGCAAUGAAUUAAAUAAAAAAUAAAAAAAAAGACCAGGCAGAGCAGACGUUGUGUUGCAGAGCAAACAUCACGCUGCGAUGUUUUCCUUUCUAGUGUUAAACAGAACAUAAGCUUCCUUUAUUUUUUCCCUUUAAGCCGAGUUCUGUAUUAUCAAUCUUAACACCUUGUUCUUCAGGUACCUCGCAUCUGGCAUGUACAUGCAAGAUGUUGCUAUUAGCUUCAGGGUUGGCAUCUCAACGGUGGCGACCAUUGUGCACCACGUAUGCAGGCUGCUGUGGAGAACACUGCAACCUUUAUACCUAAAGGUGCCGACAACUGAAGCCUGGCAAGAGGUAGCCGAAGGAUUCGAGGAAAAAUGGAAUUUCCCUCACUGUGUUGGUGCUGUCGACGGCAAGCACGUUCAGAUACAAGCUCCUCCUAAUUCAGGCAGCUUGUAUUACAACUACAAGGGCACAUACUCCAUCGUCCUCAUGGACGCUGUUGACAGCAAUCUGAAAUUCAUAUGCGUUGAUGUUGGGGCGUAUGGACGUCAAAGCGAUGGUGGCACAUUGUCUGCUUCUGGCUUUGGAAAAUCACUGGAAGAGGGCUUGCUCGGCCUCCCACCUCCGAAGCAGCUGCCUGGCACAAACAUCGUUGCUCCUCACGUUUUCGUCGGAGAUGAAGCGUUUCAACUUCGUCCGGAUUUUCUGCGGCCAUAUUCUGGGAGAUGCCAGGAUGAAAACAAGCGCAUCUUCAAUUACCGCCUAAGCAGAGCCAGGUAACCAAAAGCACAAAAUUUACUCUUGCUUAUGUUGAAUAUUUUUUUACUUAAAUUUGCAGGAGGUGUGUUGAAAAUGCUUUCGGAGUGAUGGUCUCCCGAUUCAGGAUUUUUCGGCGUGCCAUCAAUCUGCGGCCGCAAA